GCCUGUCAGGCACAUGGAAACCCACGGAUCACUAUAGUGAUAGAUGUAUAAUUGCUGUCUGGAUGGGGCUGUGCGGGAGAGAGGUACUCCAAGCCACUGGAAUUUCAACAUCACUUCAGCUUUUAGGAAAUAUUUAUAAUCCUGCAUCCUGAAGAUUUAUGAUAUGAGGCAUGAAGGUCUGGAUCUUUUAGAUUUGGUAAGAAGCGAAGUACAGUACCAAAAAGCACAAUGCUCUACAGCAAUGGCUGUCUGCAGCCAACACUUUAAUGAACAGUGUCCAACGGGCUAUCUGCAGAUGUGGAUUAUGCACAGAGUCAAAUGAACAUCAGUCAUGCAUCACCUGUUCAGUCUGGUUCUUGGACAAAGAGAUCUGUCACGUGCAGGGGACCUUUUCUCUCUGAAAGAUACUGAGAUAGAAGACAGCUUAUCAGAAGCGCUGGAAGAAAUUAAAACAAUAUCUUCCUCAGCAGAUUACCUAACCAAUGAUAACGAUCAGGCGGUGGUGGAGAUCUGUAUUACACGCAUCACUACAGCUAUCCGGGAGACUCGCUCCAUAGAGAAACAUGGGCUGGCUCUGGUCUCACUGUGGGAAUCGUGUCUGGAGUACAAUCUGAAACCAGAAGGCAAGGAUGAAGACACCCCACAUGCAAAGAUUGCUUCUGAUAUCAUGAGCUGCAUCCUACAGAAUUACAAGAAGCCUGCAGUCAUGGCUCUAGCGGUGCCGGUGGCGGUGAAAUUUCUGUGUCAUGGAAACAAGGAGCUGUGCAGGAACAUGUCCAGCUAUCUCUCACUGGCUGCCAUUGCGAAGGCAGACUUACUGGCAGACCACACAGAAGCCAUCACCAAGAGCAUUCUCCAAGCUAACUAUAUGCUGCUGCGGGUUCUGCCCUCCGUGUAUGAGAAACAGCCGCAGUCCAUCAACACUCGCAUACCCGAGCUGGUGGAACUGAUGCCCCGGCUGGAGCAGCCUGAACAGCAACACCUUCUCAGACUGUUACAAAUGGUUGCCAAGCAACACCCUCAGGUGUUGAACAAGUCUGUUUCUUCGUUAAUAAGCUACCUGCACGAUCCCAACCAGAAUGACUCUGUCCUUAACAUCCUGCUGGAAAUGUCUCUCACCGAACCGGCAGCUGUCGCCUCUUUUCUUCCAAACCUGAAGGCAGUUGGAGAGGAUUUUCCCAACCUGCUUGGGCAGAUAGCAAAGAUCUACGGCGCUGUGGGACACGUCGAUGAGGAGAGAGCCAGGAGUUGUCUUUUGUACCUGGUGACUCUGUUGGCAAGCAUGGAGCACACCUUCCACCACACCCUUCUCCUGGAAAUCAAGGGCAUCACUGAUACCUUCAGCAGCAUCCUGGGAGCUUACAGCAAGGAUAUCUAUCGUAUGAGUAACAGCUUCAGUGCCAUAGCCAAGCUCCUGGUGAAGAAGCUGGAAUCAGACAACACACCCUCUGACAGGACAGGUGAUGAAACUAAAGAAGCUCCAAAGUCUUGUGACUUGGCGUCUGCUGUCAGCAACGGCGAUGAAAAUGAGAAGCUGCAAGUAAGAAUCCAGGCUUUCGAAGAAACAUUGGCAAGUGAGAGCAACAGCCCCGGACCAAUCCGCAGAUACAGUCAGGGACAGGCUUCUAAGGAAGAAAGGGAAGAAAUGAGGUUCAACAGGUCAAAAAGCCUUGCUCUGCAUGCGGUGCGCACACAGUCUGUGAACUCGGAGAAUGGUCACGAACAGGAGCAUGGAGAAAUGCCCCCUGGCUUCGGUUUGUCAGAAAGGUCACUUAGCCAAGAAAGCUGUAGGCUGCCUUUGGGUUCAGAUCGAGAUGUAAAUACCACGGAGGCACCCUCGAGUCCUCACUCCUGUGCUGCUUCUAUUGUUGCAAACAGUUCAGCAGAAGCCUAUGAAGACAGCCCCACAGUCACGGAGAAAUGCACAGGGGAACUCCAGGAUCAGCUGUUCCUGCACCUCAAGGAAAACCUCGGCACAAUCCAGACAUGUUAUGCUGAGAUGGUUAAAAGAAUCCCUGUUCCGGAACAGUGUCUAAUUGAAGAUUCCUUUCAAAGUUGUGUUGCAAAGUUGUUCUUCACUUGCUCGAUGAAAGGACACUACUGCCUGUACAGUAAAUCAAGUUUCACCCUCAACAGUAGGCAGCCGCAAGUCUGGAUCCAAAUCAUGCUCCUGUUUCAGCAGGGCCUAUCUUCUGAGCCUUUAUCUUCAGAGGACAAGACAGUACAACUUCUUAAAUCAAUGUGGAAAAAGACACAACUGAAAGGAACACAUAGCUUUGAAACAGCAAUAAUACAAUCUACUUUUCCCCAGAAAAAGGAUCUGGACAAUGUGCAGAAGCACUUGAAAGAGGUGCGUUUCUUCGAUUUCUUCGGCUACAGCGAGGAAACAGGAGGUUGGCUGUGUUUCAUGUGCAACAAUCCUGAAAAGGUGACAGUCGUAACCCUAGAUGGCCAACCACUCAUUGAAGGCAAGCUUAAGGAGAAGCAAGUUAGAUGGAAGUUCAUCAAAAGAUGGAAAACACGGUACUUUACACUGGCCGGCAACCAGCUUUUCUUCCGCAAAGGAAAAUCGAAAGAUGACCUUGAUGACAGUCCCAUUGAGCUCAGCAAGGUGCAGAGUGUCAAGGUUGUUGCUAGGAAACGCAGAGACCGGAGUCUUCCCCGGGCCUUUGAGAUCUUCACAGAUAACAAGACCUACGUCCUAAAAGCUAAGGACGAGAAGAAAGCAGAGGAGUGGCUGCAGUGCAUUAAUGUGGCAGUCGCCCAGGCAAAGGAAAGAGAGAGCAGAGAAGCCACAACGUACCUUUGACACAGAGUCCUGCGUGUGCUCUCAAAGACCGCUUGCAUUACAGCACUGUCGCUUAUGAAAGUUUAACUUAGUAAUAACAUAGCAAAGUGUGGUAAAGCACAGGUAAGCAUUGUAAAGCACAUACAGUUAAGAUUCAGCGACAAACUAUUCGACUAGAAGUCAAUGCCUUUGUCGCUAAAUGUGUUUCUUUAAGUAUUUAGAAGCACUAUUGAUGUUUAAUACUUAUAGAUAGUAAAGCACAGAGAGGUGUGGUAAAGCAAUCUAUAAAAACAUGGUAAACCAUGGUAAACUAUGGCAAAUGCAAAGUAUAACGGUGGAAAACCUGCUAAACGACUGUUGUAAUUGAUACUGUCAAACGUUUAUAAGGGAUGUUAUACAAGUCAAAGAACCACUCCACUAAAGAGAGAUCAAAAUAACUAAGGCUGAGGCACUUACAGAUGAACAGACUGGCAGUAAAGUUAUUUGAAACUGGAACAUUUGUGUGUUGACUGUGAAAAGUUAAAGUGUUCUGUUUUGUCGAUUUUUAAUAAUAUCUAAAGUGUCAAAACCAGUUUGAUCACGGUACUUGAAAACUGUAAGGUUUUGUACAGUAUGGUGUUAUCACCUAGUUUAGUGAGUUUUGAGAAGCAGGUGAUUGUUGUGUUCAAUUGAAUUUUAGUUCAAUUCAGUUGAACAGGUGAUUCACAAAACCACUGUGUAUUUACAGUAGAAGCCCUCUAGUAAACUUUUGUAAAUAGCAUUGACUUUAGAUACUUAUUAAUCUGAAUAGUUAUUGUGAAGGGAUUGACUUACACAUAUAUUACUACAGCAAUGAUUAUGAUUUCAAAAUUCAUAGAAAUGUUAUGAUGCUUCAGAUAAUGAUAAUGGUACAGUUAGUGACUGUAAUGUUUCUGAAUAUAAUGCACAAACAGCCAACCGGGUAUACUGUAGAACUCUCCACUUACUCUUAUUCUGAGGACAGUCAUAGGACACAAUCCUGCUCAUUGUACUUCAUAUGUUACUGUACUAAAAUUCAGAAAAUGUACUGCCUGAUAUGUUGAUAAUUAAAGAAAAAAAAAGGUUAUAGAAAGUAUAGAAAAUAUAGAAAUUGUGUUUCUAUGAUAUUUCAGAUCAGUAUUAAUCACCAUGAGGCUUUCAGUUCUAUAUGACAGAACUUUGGGAUAGUAUAUCUUUAAACUAAAAGGCUGUAUGUGUAACAUGGAGUAACAUUUUGGAAAUUAAUGCCUUGUAGGUUUCUAUGGAGAUGCUGUGAUAUUAAAAAUGCAACUUUGAUACAAGUGACCUUCUUGUAUUCUGAAGCCCAUGCUAUGGUCAAGGGUAAUAAAACCUUAAUGAAAUUGAACGGCAUUCACUUAGAGGCAGAACAUUAUGAAAACAGCAGAAAGAUAAAAUGAAGCAGCCUGUAUUGGGAUGCAUGGAAAAUCAACGACUCAUGAUAACAGUGAGUACAAAUGAGAUUGUCUUUCACUAAAACUGCUUGAAAUAUGAUGAGAAAAUAAACAAUAUAAUGAAUUAAUUCAAUCUGGUGCACUUGGACUGACUCAUGUAUUAAAAAGCUGUUGGACAGCCUGUGUUAAGCAUCUGGAAUGCACUGGUAGACAGUGUACCAGUAAGGGAUAUUUAAAGAUUUGUUCUUUAAUAGAUGCAAUAUGUCAGUAGUAGUGAAUGAUCAGACACGUUUGUCAAACUCUCGCCUUCUGAUGACCAUCAAUUGAAGAGGGAGAUGCAGAUGCAAUGUGCAAAUAACAUUGAUUAGUCGAUAGUCUUAUAAGGUGGCCUCACUUUAUGCAUAGAAUUAGGGCAGUCGUCCAAAAAUAAAUAAAUAAUGAUAUAUUAAAAUUAAAAAUAUACACUGUGCAGAAGCAAAAGUUAAAUAAAGUCUUUGAUCAGCUUCUUAACAGUCCAAAUAUCAGAAAUCCAGCAAUAAAAGGACCGAUAUGGCAAACCGUGCCUUACAGUUAUGACUACUACAACUACAAAAAAAUGCUUUUUGGAGUUAAUAAAUAGUAAAAAUAAAAUGAUAUGAUGAUCUAUAGAAAAAUUCAAAACAAUCUUUCAUCAGGUCACAGAGAGCAAAUAGGUCUAGAGUUGGUUAUUGCGAGUAUUGGAAACGGGAAAACGAACUAUUGGAAAAGGUGUUUGGAUUGUGAAUUGGUUUUGGUGACAAGGUAACAGGCUUAGCCUGCCUUGUUAUUA